AUGUUACCGCCGAGUAUAAUCGACGUGCAGGGCGCCAUACCGCGCGAUGUGACGACAAACAGUCGCGGUCUAUUGUCGGAGACGAUGUGCGGGACCGAGUUGCGCUCCGCCGAGGUGGCGGCGACCAGCUGCCACGUCGCAAGAUACCGCGAGGAGUUCGACGAGACCAUCCGCACCGUCUCGGAACCGGAAUGUUCGAAGCGGAGGAUCGAUUCCGCUGGGACUGGCAGCACCAGGUCGGUGCCAGACGGCCGGUCGCGUCAAGGCUUUUCCAAGGGCUCCGCCUCUCUGCAAAGCCUUGUGCGUCGAAGAAGCCGCAGGCACGGCACGUCUUUACCCUCGGAGGUAGAGCUGUCUUCGAGGCAGGUCAUCUACCCUACCGUCCCCUCGGAUCUCCUCAAGGACAUCGGCGGCGGCGGCUCGGCGAUGUUCCGGAACGAGGAGGAGGCACGGACCGCAACGCCGACCUCCACACUCAUUUACGCGACUUCCUCGGCGCAACCGUCGACCUCCAGGACCGACAACAAUCUGGCCCAGGACGUCUCCACGUCGGCCAGCAACGUGGCCACCACCACGGGUAGCAACAUCACCUCGACGACGAACGGCGGCCGCUUCGGCAACGUGCCGGUCUCGUUGGCGAGAACGACUAGCGUCGUCAAGGCACCAGGCCCCUCUAUGUCCUCUUCCUGGAACAACUCCGGCGAGCAGGAAAGCGACUACGUUGUCGAUCCCGUGCAGGGGAACGCCUACUACAAAGGACAGUUUUUGGGAAAGGGUGGAUUUGCGAGGGUUUACCUAAUGACCGAUGUCAGUAAUGGGAAUCAGUACGCGUGUAAGAUUAUUCCGAAGAAUCGAAUGCAGAGGAUCCACAUGCAGAAGAUCGCGCGUGAGAUCAUGAUUCACAAAGAGCUGAAUCACGUGAACGUCGUCCAGAUGCAUCAUUACUUCGAGGACAAUCUCAACGUGUACAUGCUCCUAGAAGCCUGCCCACGAAAGAGCUUGAUGCACGUGCUGAAGUACCGUGGCAAAGUCACGGAACCGGAAGCACGUUAUUACAUGAAGCAAAUGGUGACCGGCGUCGCGUACAUCCACUCGCAGAAAGUCGUGCACCGGGAUCUGAAGCCCGGCAAUAUGUUCCUAUCGGACCGGAUGAUCGUCAAGAUCGGCGACUUCGGACUAGCGACCAGGCCUGACGGUCAGCGUAGACGAGUGACGAUAUGCGGCACGCCAAACUACAUCGCUCCGGAAGUGCUGUACAAGCAAGCGUACAGUUACGAAGCGGAUGUUUGGGCGCUGGGCUGCAUAUUGUAUGCCCUGUUGGUAGGGCAACCACCCUUCGAUACAGCCACACUUAAGGAGACUUACGCCAGGAUCUGCAACAACCAUUACCGUGAGGUCGACGACAGUAUCGCGAGCAGAAAUGGCCAAGACUUGAUCAGAUGGUUGCUACAAUCUAAUCCCGAAUUACGACCGAGUCUAGAGAGGGUGAAGGAACACGUCUAUUUAACCAAGGAAUACGUGCCAGCAUCUUUACCUCACACUUGCUGCUACCAAAUGCCACCGGCAUCAAUCAUCGAGCCACCCUCGUCACCAUCCUCGGUAUCUACGGUCGCUAGAAAUUCGGAAAUUAAAGCACAGAUAUGGCAACAGAGUCUCGUUUAUCCUGACGCGUCAUUGCGUUAUCAACAGACGAUUCCGACUCAGCAGGCGCAACAGCAGUCGCAGCACCAGCAACAUCUAUUGAAUCGCUCGCAGAAGAGUCUGCAAAAGGAGUCCAAGGUCUCUAACUGGCUCGUCAGGAAGUUACCCAAACUACCGCGAUUCCGGCAACGGCUCAGCAGCGUGCUAUGUCCAGAUCACAAGAAAACCGGCCUUGUGGCGCAAAGCGUACAGAUGCAUCGCGCACUAGAAGCGUGCGUGCCGGAAAUGAAGCGGAAUAACGCGUGCAAUCCACCAACUGUAGAGGACAUCGUGCCCCUCUUCGUCACCAAAUGGAUCGAUUAUUCGAACAAGUACGGGCUGGGCUUUCAACUCUCCGAUAGGUCGGUUGGUGUUCUUUUCAACGACAACACGAAGAUCAGUUACACUCAUGAUAGAAGAAGAGUGGAAUAUAUGACCACCGACGACGAGAUGACGCGAUAUCAUCGAGAGAGAGAUGUGUCGGCACCACUGCAAAAGAAGCUCGAAUUACUUCGUCACUUUACCGAAUAUAUGGAUGACUUUUUGACAGAAGGUGGUGAGCUAAAAAAAUAUCGCGCGCCGCCGAGGCAGUCGAAAAACGCUUGCGUGCCACGAAUGAGACGAUGGCUACGUACGGACAAGGCCAUCGUGAUGGAGCUAACGGUACCACUCCUGCAAGUGAACUUCUUCGUGGACCACACGAAGAUGGUAGUGUCGCAGGAAUCCGCGGGAGGAAGGGGCUAUCUGAUCACUUACAUCGACACCGGCCGACACGCAUCCUCCUAUUGGCUGAACGACCUCCGUGACCUCGGUUGCACCCCAGACCUCUAUGAACGUCUGUACUAUGUCUGUAAGGUGACGCGCGAGUUCGCCGAGUUGGACAAUAAUACGACCGCCUGAUGCUCGCCGGCGGAUUCUCGAGGGACACGUGCUGUGGUUUCCUCAAGAACCGCUCAGACAACCGAAUUGGCAACGAGAUCUCUCAGAUACUUGUUUUAGAUCUUACCCAAGCAACUUUUUCUUUUCCAUAAAAUGACAUUUAAAUGCCAGUGAUAAAGAUCUUCAGCUACAAAAAGAUAAUUAUUAAUUACUAUGGUCAAAUUUUUAUGAAUUUUAAUUAUCACGGUGAGAGAUACAAAAAUAUCCGUUUUUGUAUCCCUUUUUCUUUCUCAGGAUAAGGGUUAAGGAAAUAACGGCCAAGCAAGUACGUCAAGAUACCGUUACGCACAGCAUUUCUCGGGGGUGGGAGGAGGCCGUAAAUAAGAAUGUCACGCGUAUAAGUCCACGAGAAGGUGUGUCUUGUGAAAGACCGUGCGAUGCGAGUGAUUUCGUUGAUUUAUAAAUCUGCACGUUGUUUUCACAAAAUCAGAAGUAAUCGCCUCUAAGCACGUGACUCAUCUUGGCAGGUCUUCUUCUUUGAAGAAAUGUUAAUUUUCCCACUAGAGAAGACUAGUUAGAUCAAAUUCGUAUUGCGAAACGAAAAUGAAGAUCUUAGCGAUGGCACUUCCGACGAACGUAGCGUCUUGGUAGA